UUCUCUCUCUCUUUCUCUUUCUCUCUCUCGUACGGUCACCUCUCCUCUCCGCUGCCGCUCGGAGAGAGAAUCGACAGCCAUUCCCGCCCGCACCUUCCCUACCCAGACCCAGCCACUUCUCACCGCUACCUUUCCUCGUCCCCGCCGAUCGAGUAGUGGUAGUAAUCACAACAAGGAAAGGCGCCACCUUUCCCCCCUUUUCCUUGGCCUCUUCCGCGUGUCCCCGUCCCGAUUCCGACCCUGCGAAUGCGAUCUGCCGCCGCUCCCUUUCUCUCCCUCCUCUGCUUUCCCUUUCGCGAGCUGUAAAGGCCGGGUGCCGGGUUAUUGCUCGGAUCUGUCUCUGCACCCGGGGCGGGGCGGCGGCUGCAGCUUCGGUUGUUGCGGGCUUGUGUCUGUCCGCCGGUCCUUCUCCCCGAUUCCGACGGCUCAGAGCUCGGAAGGUUCCCUUCGUUCUAGUUGAUGUUCUUGCUCCAGCUCAAGCAAGAAUCUUUCUUCGGGGCAGGAGUGCUUUGAGGUGACUGAUCUCUGGCUGGGGAUUUUGCGGAGUGGAACGUGAUAACGUCGGUGUGCCGCUAGCUCCAGAUGCUGCCCACCAACCGGAACAGGCCUCAGCAGAGGCCUGCCAGAUCUUGGUCCUUCUCAGAAAUGGACUUCUCCGAUCCGAAGCGCAAGCCGCGGUACCUCAGCAAGAUAAUCAUGGCGGCGCUCCUCACCGCUAUGUGUGUCGUCAUGCUCACUCAGCCACCCUGCCACAGGAGGCCUCCUAGUGUGUUCUCAAUCCAUGAACCUGGCGUGACACACGUGCUAGUGACGGGUGGCGCUGGCUAUAUAGGUUCACAUGCUGCUCUUCGGCUGUUGAACGACUCCUUCAGAGUCACCAUAGUGGAUAAUCUUUCACGAGGAAAUAUCGGAGCAAUCAAGGUUCUUCAAAACUUGUUUCCAGAGCCUGGGCGAUUGCAAUUCAUACAGACUGAUUUAGGCGAUCCAAAAGCAGUUAAUAGAAUAUUUGCUGAAAAUGCAUUUGAUGCUGUUAUGCACUUUGCUGCUGUUGCUUAUGUUGGUGAGAGCACACUUGAACCUCUGAGGUACUAUCAUAACAUCACUGCAAACACCUUAGUGGUGCUGGAAGCUAUGGCAACACACAGUGUGAAGACUCUAAUCUAUUCUAGCACAUGUGCUACCUAUGGAGAGCCUGAGAAGAUGCCUAUCACUGAAGAAACUCCCCAGUUUCCGAUCAACCCAUAUGGUAAGGCCAAGAAAAUGGCAGAGGACAUCAUUUUGGAUUUUUCAAAGUCCAAGAAAUCAGACAUGGCUGUGAUGAUUCUAAGAUACUUCAAUGUCAUUGGUUCUGACCCGGAAGGGAGGCUGGGCGAGGCUCCUAGACCUGAACUGCGUGAGCACGGACGUAUAUCCGGUGCAUGCUUCGACGCAGCAUUGGGGAUAAUCCCAGGUUUGAAGGUUAAAGGUACCGACUAUGAAACGCCUGAUGGCACUUGUAUUAGAGAUUACAUUGAUGUCACUGACCUGGUUGACGCCCACGUGAAGGCGCUCAACAAGGCAGAAAGAGGCAGAGUUGGCAUAUACAAUGUUGGCACUGGAAAAGGUCGGUCAGUGAAGGAGUUUGUAGAAGCCUGCAAGAAGGCAACCGGAGUCGACAUCAAGGUCGAUUACUUCCCUCGUAGACCAGGUGACUAUGCGGAGGUGUACAGCGAUCCCGCGAAGAUCAACCGGGAGCUGAACUGGACAGCGCAGCACACCGACCUGCACGAGAGCCUCAGGGUUGCGUGGACAUGGCAGAAGGCGCACCGGAGUGGCUACGAGCCUCCAGCGGCCAUGAUUUUGUGAAGAGGUUGCCAUGUAGCAACCGGCUGGCUGAAGCUUAGGUGAAUAUAUUCGUAGAGACUUUCCUCAAGGGCUCUAGUCGAUCACUCACAGAUGGCAGUUUAUAUAUAGUGCUCAUGGUCAUUCGUUCGAUUCUUGAAAAUUCGUAAUUGCAGGCUUUAGCUGUUCCUUGUAAUAUGGAUGUAUUCGUCAUAUAAGAUUAUACAAUAAAAAUCCAACAAGCUGUUCUCAGAA